AUGGCGAAGGCGCCUACUGAUUCCGUCGCCGGCGGCGGCAGUAGCACCACGGCGGCCGUUCAGGCCACCAACGACGACGCCACCGCCAGUAAACUGUACGUGAUGCGCAGUUGUUGCAGUAGUUUUCGAUUUGGACGACGAGAUGCUCACUCGAAUCCAUUCCAUUGACAAUUGAGGAACUGUUUCUCUUUGUCGAUCUCUAGUCAUUUCCUGCUGUCUAUCUCCGCCGCCAUUCUGUGUUCUCUCGCCUUCCUUCGUUGUAGUUCGUUUUGUGCCUUGUGGUUUUCUUGAUUUCGUCCUGCAAUCCUGACAGGUCGUGUGUGAAGAAGGGUUACAUGAAGGACGACUACGUCCACCUGUUCGUUAGAAGGCCUAUCAGGAGGUCUCCCAUCAUCAAUCGCGGUAUUUUUUGCAAUGUCUCUUUUUUCUGUGUUGUUUUUAUUGCUGGUCUCGGUCUGAUGUACACGAUGUUGGUGAAUGGGGAAUGGAAAGGUUACUACGCUAGGUGGGCCGCUCUACGGCAGCUUCUGCUCCAGUUUCUUAGCAUCGAUUCUGGUUGCAAAAAGCAGAUACUGUCCCUUGGCGCUGGGUUCGACACCACCUACUUCCAACUGCAGGAGGAAGGAUUCGCGCCACACAUGUAUGUGGAGUUGGACUUCAAGGAGGUUAGCAAAUGGACAGUCCCGCAAAACUUUGUCCGUCUUUCAUCUAUUUUAGUUUUUAGGAUUAUUAGAGAAGGUAACAACUUGGCCGAAAUUUAGGUAACAUCUAAGAAGGCUGCUUUGAUUGAUCACUGCAGUCAGUUGAGAGACAAAGUUGGAUCCGAAGCGUCCAUUUCCAGAGGUAGGUACAUCUUGGUAUAAUUUAGUUUUCGUACUGCUAUAAGCUCGCAGAAUUUCCUCUCAAUUUUUUUUUACAAAUCUCAAUCAAUGGACAUCAGACAUGUAUCACGUUAUUUUCUAUUACCUUUGUAUUUAAGCCAAAUAAUUAUAGAUUUUUGAGCGUUUGGAAGCAUCAUUCAUCGGCUAUUAUAACAAUAUCCUUAUGAACGCUUAUUCUUUCCAAUGGAAAAAGAAAUGUUUCCAUGACUCACAUCGAAAGCUCACAGGCUCUCUCACUGUCUAAGUUGAGGAGGAAUGGAAUAUAUCAUCAUUACCUGAUAAUACCUCCAGCUGUUGUGGGCUUUCCACUGAGGGAGAAGUAAAACAAGGUUUAUAGGAGUAAUGGAAAUGCGUCUGAUGUGGUUAACAUGACUCAUCAAUUGGACACUACCUAAGAAAAUCUCCAGAUUAUUGAUUCCGGAAUCUUCUCGAAGCAAAAAAACUGGAGAUACUCAUUGAAUUAUUUUCAUAAAUCGUUCUUCAUCUCAUACUUCUAUGUUGAAAAGUGUGGUGAUAUUAAUGUUUCUGAUGCACCGCAAGUCUUGAUAUUCCUUUUAUAGAAUGGUGUAUGUAGUCUUGUCAUCUUUCAAUUAUCACUGGACAUUUUGUCAUCAUAUGAAAACUGAUGACUCCAUAUGUUGUUUCACUGUUGUGGCACCUAUUAUAUAUGGAUAAGGGUAGACGGACGAGUUUUGAGGCUAUCAAUUGAACUGGCGGGAUAAAACGAGGCAGCGUAGGUCACAGAGAUAAGACUACGAAUUCGAGAUUUUGAACCAUUGUAAUUUUGAAAUGCAGCUGCGUAUAUAUGGGUCAGGAAGUUCAGAUGCAUUUUAUUGUUGAAAAGGAAUGAAGCAAACAUCUGAUCUGACUCAUAAAUAUGAUGGUAUGAAGGUUGACACAGGAGACGGGGAAGAGAACGGUUUGGAAGGAUGAUUUGGUGCGGGUAGAUUUAAUCUACUCCUCUCUCAUACCGUAGCAGCUAGCACGGAUCAUAAGGUCGUCCAAUUUAUUACGGAAUACUUUCUGUGACCAUUUUUACUAUUUUCCGAGGAAAAACUGGAAGAAAGGGAAAUUCUCCUUUUUAUAUCCAGCUCAAGAUAGGUAUUAGAGAUAGAAUAAUUUCCGACGGAGCAAAUGUGAAAGUUUCCAAUCUGAUCUUUAUCUAGGAUAUCAAACUCAACCCAGAAUAAGACUUCUGCUCCAAAGGUGUUUGGUGGACUGCUACAGGUUAAUGUUGUCUUUGUGGUAAUAGAAGGCUAGAUGCAUGUAGGCAGGUAAUAUGUUUCGAAAGAGGGGAAUUAUUGUGGAGGAUGUUCUACGAGUGACAUGUCCCAAUGUGCAGCAGGUUGUUGGAGGUUACUAAGAGAAGGCUUAUUGGGCACUAAUUUCCUUUUCUGUGAGUGAAAAAACCACUGGCAUGAUAAAUAAGAAACAGCAGUGACUAUUGUAGAAGUUGCUUCAUUAUCCCUAGAUCCCUGCUGAAGUUACUCAAAUAAAAUAUCUACAUUCCUAAGACCUAGUGAGUUUCUAUGUCUGAGGUUUGCAUCCAUAAGUCACUGAAAUCAAUGAUUUUCAGGAGAUUCUAACGAAUCUUCCACUCUUGGCACAAUAGUGCACUCCUCUAUUGAUCUGAUUGGUAUGCACAUUGCAUCUUUCGUUUGUCAGAAAUUCCUAUCACUGCUUCCCCAUCAUAAUGGCUUUUAACGAAUUUCCAUCAACUCUGAUCUGAUUGCGGAGGAUCGUGUCUGCUCUCAAUUCUACCCACCUACUGCAUGCCAAUGGAUCUGAAAACUAUUUUUUAUGGUGAUUCAGUGACUUACAUUUAAGAAAAAAGACAAAAAAUCGUUUGUAGAAUGACUCUUGAAAGACUGCAUCCACAAGUUGGCAGUUUAUUUGAGGCAACAUUCCAUUGGAAUAUUCUGAUUUUAGUUGGUAAUAACUUAUUUCAAUGCACUUCUGUCUGCCACACUGCGAAUCCUCCUUCUUAGCCAUUGAUGUAUCAAUUGGCUAUGAACAUUGAUGUUGAUGCUGCAUUAGGUUGAGCACUGAUGUUGUCUUCUGAUCGAUGUUGAAAAUAUUGGGGUUGCCAGAGUGAUAAGUGUCAAGAGAAAGAUUGGCAGCAUUAUCGUUUAUACUUACCUGAUAGGAAAAUUGGAAACCAAGGAUUCACCAAUCAUUCAGUGAGAAGCAGAAAGAUAUGGAGACAAUAGGUUGACUUGGGUAUUGUUAUAUAGUCGUGGAUCAAUCACAAUGAAAAGUUGGAUGAACAAUCUUAGUACCCUGAAAAUUGAGGUUUUUCAUCUAUUCUUGUAACACAUGUCGGACAAAUUUUACGAGUGGGUACUUCACAUGCAGCUUUCUAGCAAGGGAUGCACUUAUGUUUAAUCGUUUUGGUGAGGAUUUUGAUUUUUUGUAGGAACUUUUUCGAAUUUGAGUAUCUAAACAAUUCGUUUGCGGUUUAUCUUGUUUGCAAUUCGGUAAUAGAUUGUGUCUGCUGAUUUAAUCAUUGUGCGGUUCCCCUUUAUCAGGAAUAAGUAUUCUCCACAGGUACAACUAAGAAUUUCUAAAUUUUUUACAAACCAUGCCCCAAAUGGGUGGUAUCCUAGUCUUUAAUGACCUAUUUGAUGUUUAUUCUUUUUUCUCUUAAUGGCUUGUAUCUAACAAAACACAUGCAUGUUCUGCUACAUUCACUCCUGUUCUUUAAAAGAAGUGGUAGGGCACCAUACAUUUUUUUCCCCUCUAUCCUUGAGUGCAAGAAAUCCUUAUGUGAUGACCUUAUCACUGGGUGGUUGUUAGGAUAUCUGGAAGCUUUGAAUGCUAAUGUGUUGAUUGAUUGAUUUUAAGCUGGUGCUUACAUACUUUUUAAGUAUUUGAUUGACAGAGAGAGGCGAAGUGCUAAGUGAUCAUUACAAGUUGCUUCCUAUUGAUCUGCGUGACAUCCAAAAGCUGGAUGAUGUUAUUAGUUUGGCCCAGUUGGAUCCCAGGUAAAAAAAUAAUUUUUAACCAUAUCAAAAUGUUUCUUUAGAGCUUAAAUAUUUACAGAACAACAUUCAUACCUGAUAAAUAAUGUGCUUAUUCGUUCUGUGUGAACAAUUUGAAAAAAAGGUAAUCAUCACAUUCCAAUAUCAUUAUUGAAGAAAUUGAAUGUUCUUCUUGUUAUGUCUUCUCCGGUCUAUGCACUACAUGUAUCCCAUUUUUUCGGUUAAAAUGCAUAUUAGAACUAUUCUCUAAAUGGGACGUAGGAUGUGAUAUGUUUUAUCGAUAUAUGUGCACUGGGUUGAUACAUAUUUACUUUAGUGUCGCUAACUCUUCUCCACCGUGGAGGCAUGUUGUGUAUGAAUAACUUUUAUCUGAGUAACUGCAAAUUCAUCUUCACUAUGCGUCAUGUACAUCUUAAUAGUAUUAAAGUUGAAUUUACAAAAUAGAAUUCUUACAUGUUGCACAUACAGCAAAUUUAUGAAUUCCAAGAAAUCCGUGUCAUUGAUGCAUUUCUGAUAUUCAAUUGUCAUCAAUUUAUGGUGCAUCCUUUGAUUUCUCCUUAAGAUAUCUCAUUGGAGGUGCUGGCUGCAUGGUAUAUUGACCAUGCGGAUGGCAUGGAAGCUUGAUCGCAUUUUUUUCUCUCUUUGUGUUGAUUUAGUGUCACUUCAUUUCUAUCAUUUUCCUUUAGAUUGUCAUGUUCCUAUAUUUGAGGGUAUUGAGGUUUGGUAAUUAGGGUUUAGGGAUUCAAUUGCGAUGGAUGUGUUUAGUUCAAAAUGAUUAAGGACUGGGAAGCCUUAUCAGAUGCUAAUGAUAACAAUGUAAGAUAUAUGCUGCUUUCUCUUUCAAGUGUCGAUGACUAUCUAUCUACUGCAUUCCUUUCACUUUCCUCGUACUUGUUUGGACCCCGUGAAGAUCAUUGUCUCGACAUAACCCUUACCCACAUGUAGUAGAGUCAUAACAAAGAAUCUUCUUUGAGGGGAAGUUGUGAGAAGCUCAGUUUCUGCAGACAAAGGAACCAGUGAUGAGUACCUGUCGCCACUUUCGUCUUCCUCAUAUUUCUAUAGACCUCAUCAACAACAUCUUGCUUUGAUGUAAUCUCUGAUCUGCAUACCGUUGAAAUGUACCAAAGCAUAAUUGCGAAGAGGGGAUGUGGUGGGAAACCCGAUUUCUUUGUGGUCUUGGUUUUCCAAGCUGAAUGCUGUUCUCAAAUGUGGUGAUGCAGGAAGAGGGAAAUACAUUGUAGCAACAAGUGGAUACUGACCUGUAUUCUUCAUAAUAUGGAUAUUAUAAAAUAUUUAUCAUGUAAGCAAUUGUUUGUCGAUGUGAUUGUCUUUACAAAUAAUCUUUUGCUUUGUUUUUUGUGAGGAUAUUUACUUUGAACUUCAUAUCUUUAGCGCCCGGUGAUGCAUUUUUUUUUUAUGCUUUCUUCACUAGGAUGCUCAAUUUCUAGGCCGGGUAAUAAUAAAAACUGCUUCUGAUGUUGUUGUCAGCUUGCCAACAUUUAUAAUUGCAGAGUGCGUUCUCAUAUACUUGGAUCCAGAUUCAAUCAAGGCUAUUGUUGGCUGGACUGCAAAAACAUUCUCGACUGCAAUCUUUUUCUUAUACGAGCAGGUUCUUUCCUAAGAGACUAGGCUCCCCUCCCUGUCCUACGAUUUCUUCUUGAUAGGUGAACUUAUUUACAGAUAAUAUGAAAGCUUUAUCUCACUUAUUGUCUACCUCCCAGAUCCUCCCUGAUGAUGCCUUUGGAGAGCAAAUGAUGAAAAACUUAGAGGUAAUCCAUUCAUUGCUGAAUGCUGUGAUGUUCAAAAAACAUACGCACUUACCUUGUUUUUUAUGCUUGCAGAGUUUCUCUUGUAAUUGUUUUACGCGAUUUGUUUGUCUUGACUCACCUUUUGCUUUUCAUGGUGCUGUCUAGUAGAAUGCUAGGAUAACCUGUGCAACCUGCUCCUAUGAUAGACGUGACUGAAAUCUAUAUCCACGCGUUUUUCCAGUUUGCUGGCACGGUGAAUUCUUGGGGCCAUCAUUCUGCCAAAAUUUAAUCCAAAAUGCAUGUAUGUAUAUACUAACAAAAUACUUUAAAGGUAUUUUCAUUUAUUUUCUAUAUAAUUUUUUUGCGUUCCUGUGAAAAAGUACUCCGAAUGAUAUCAUGAAAUAUCUUGGGCUCGGGCAUCAUUAUUCAUGGAUUUUUUAUUUGUAUUUAUCAAUAUGUAUACGAUAUAAAUGGAACAAUGGCCUUACCCGCAAUCUUUAUAUACGGGAUAUAUGUGUUGGCAGUGCCUUUCACUGUAUCCUAUGCACGGCUUAAGGUACUGGGUAUAAUCGGCACAUUAGUUUCGUAAUGCUGUGUAAGGUAUUGAGCGAUUUUUAAGAGAGGUCUGGAAGAGUAUAAUUGAUUGGUUGUUUUAAAAUCAUUGUUGUAAAAAUAUUUAUAGUGAAGCUCUUUUAAAUGAUGAAUUAGAUGUAACUAUAAUAUACGUUCAAAAGUUGUGGAAAGUGGACUCAGGAUCAAUCACUCCAAAACAAAAUACGAUAAAUUGCAGUAAUUCCUCGAGCAAAUCCUUGCUGCUGACUCCGUCUUUGGCCUGGACACUAUUGAUGCAACUCAUGGUCGGUGGACCCAAAGUUUUGGAACUGAUUGGAUGGGGCUAGGUUCGUUGAAAACCAAGCAGGGAGAAAAGGACUGGAAAAUAUGGAAAUGGGAUGUGGGAAGAGCCGGGUGACGGAUGGGACCCAUAGGAGAGCCGGAUUAUUGUUCUCUGCUAGCGGACAUUAUUCCAGGUCAGUGAUGGGUUGGAAACAGAGACAUUGGGCAAACUCAGGGAAGCUAAGGUGAUGGAGCAGCAGGGCAUUACGUGUCUGCCACUGGUGCUUCCUGAGAGAGUUGCCAGGCAUGGCUGAGCAGGCUGGAUAUAUUAGAAUGAGAGAAGCAGAAUGGAGGAAUGGGGUUAGCUGGAAAUGGCCAGCAGCUCCUGAGCAUGUCCUGGUGCAGACUAUUGUGAUGUUGCUAGACAAUGGUGGGAAGGCAGAAGUGGAGAGGAAGCUGAUGUGGCAGUGGUGAGGUAAACGGAGGGACUCUCCGCUAGGAUUUUCUUGAACCGAUUAUUUUCUAAUUCGUCUCACCCAAUGUACCCUGGGCAUCACCUUCCCUAAAAGGCGAAAGAGUAAUGGUGUUGGAGGCAGAACUGGAUGUGCCAUGCCUACAUACAAGCUCCAUAAUCGAAAAUAUGGACUGUACCAGUCAUUAUGGUCCUAUUCACUAGGAUAAGCAGCCCAACUCCUAAGCGCACCCGGUUACUUGUUGGCUGCAUCAAUUGUUGUCAUUUAAAUAACUAGCGGUUAGUCUAAGAGAAGUCAUAAAGCCUGUGCAAAAUACUUAUGAUGGAGAUUGCAUAACUCAUGUUUUUAAUGUGGUCUGCUUUUCAGAGUCGAGGAUGUGCUCUACUUGGUAUACAUGAGACACCAACCUUAGCAGCUAAAGAACAAUUAUUUGUUGAUCAGGGUUGGCAGGUAUGCUUGUUUUAUCUGCUGUGCUUUUGCAGGAAAACCAUCUCUCUCUCUCUCUUUCCAUCUCUCUCUAUCUCUCUCUCUCUCUCUAUCUCAACAUUCGGUUAUGUGAACGUAAUGUAAUUCCCUAUCUUAUUCUUUUGAUGUAGUUUUGUUGGAAACAUGCUUAAAAGGUAUUGAAUCGUAAUAUUUCCGGUAAUUGUGGACUGAAGUGAGGGAUAAAAGGAAUACGGGUCCCCUAGUUAAACUUUUUUUUGUGAUUCUUUUCUCUAGGGGCCAUGCUUGUUUUCUGUCUUUUAUGACUACUUUUCCUACUCUACUUAUCCCAGAGAGCUGUUGCUUGGGAUAUGCUGAAGGUUUAUAGUGAAUUCAUUGAAGCUCAGGAUAGACGAAGGUGGUGCCACUUUCUAUUGUGUUUGAUUGAUUUAUUUUUUAGAAGAAGAUGAGAUUUACGCAUUUUGAUCCUGCAGGAUUGAACGGCUUGAAUUGUUCGACGAGUUUGAAGAGUGGCACAUGAUGCAGGCAAGUCAAUAAGAGGAUUGGAUUCCUGCUGGUUUAAACCCAGUACUUUUGUUUUCUCAUGAAUUCUUUUGCCUCCAUACCUACAAGGACUCUGUUCAAACCCAGCACUGUUGUUGUUGUUUUUUUUUUUUUUUGAAUUGUGACUUGUGAAUUAGAAAUAAAUUGUGAUUAAGAGAAAUAAUAUUAAAUUCCAUCGAGUAACCUGAAGUCUCCAUUAGUCUCUUUUAACCAACACUUAGAGCCUUCUUCUCUCCCUGUAACAUAUUGGGCUUUGAUCUUCCGUUCUCAUCUGAUGAUAUAAAUGUUGCUUCAAUCAUGCGAAUCAUUUUUCUCGCUUUUUCAAUAAAUUUAAAUGCUAGUGCACUAUUAUUUAUGUUGACUAUGACACUUUUGCAUAUUUGUCCCUUCCUUCAGGAGCACUACUGCGUGGCUUAUGCGAUCAGUGAUGCCAAGGUUUGUAAACUUCAUUUACUAGCCAUGCUGUAGAAAUAACAUAUAGCAAACAUAAAGGUUUGUUAUUCAUGGUUCGUUUAUACGGUUUGACGAAGGGAUUUGAGUGAGAAGAAAGUGGGAAAUUGUCCCUGAAAAAUCUUCAUGGGGCCGAGUCUAGACCAGAGGAAGCCAUUUUUUUAAGAAAAAAACCCAAAUGUUUCGUUUUCAUGAGUUUAUAAUUUCAAGUUUUACUAUUUCUGCUCUUCAAUCCUCUCUGAAUAGAUAUAUUUUGCUUAGAUGAACAUUCUUCCGAGGAACAACUGCAACUGCUUUUGUGUGUUUUAAGUUGGGAUAGGAAGAGAGGAGAAUACUAUUAAUGACACAUAAUUCAACUGCUUGCGUUUUAUGCUUGCGUGCUCCCUUGCUGUGCUCCUGGUCCGCGCUCAGCUCCAUAGCUCGCAAGUCAUGUUUAUAGUUUCAAGGGGCAUUUUUCUGUUGAACUACGUUGAAUUUCUAUUCUUUGCUACCUGCUAGGAUCGACAUUGUGAGCCCCAUUACCAGGCCCACUGCCCGGGUUACUUAGGCCUCGAGAGGCCCAGUAAGGAGGACAAUGUAAGGUCCUAGAGGGCCCUCACUGUGGGGACUUUUUUUGCAAGGUCAAACUAGGAGAGUUGGGGAGAGCUCUCGAUUUCUGUGGAACCCUUCCCCUCCCAUUUCUCUUUCCCUGUCAUAUCUCCUGAAUUCCUAGUUGACUUUUCUGUGAGUUCUAUUUCUAGCUGGAUUUCUAUUUCUGGUUUCCCUAUUCCUGGGAGUUCUGUCACUAUCACAUUAACAUCAUCCGAUCAAAUGCUUGUUGUCUCAUUUUCCUAAUGUUUUGGUGUUUCCUCUUAUGGAUCAGAUUUUUAUCUGUUAUUCUCCACUCCAGACCCAUUUGACUGGUAUAAUGGGAUAUUUCAAGAACUUCUUUGACAACCCAUGAUUCUUGACUCUUUCUCCAAGGGGAAACAGUGAUGGGCACUUUCUCCAGCCCUUGGUCAACGUAGUUGUUAUGGUCUCAAUCCCUCUACUUUAUGGUCAGAUAAUCAUACAAUGGGCAAAGUCAACGAAUCGCCUUCCCCCAUCUCUUGCCUUCAUUCCCCUCCCUGAUGCCCCCAAUCUGCUCCCGCCCUGCAGGGACUCUUCCACGACUUUGGGUUUCUGAAGGUGUGA